AUGCUCAGUACAGAAGAAAACAUCUUUAUGGUCAUAAUAACUGGUGAAUUCACAGUUGGAAUGUUGGGGAAUGGAUACAUUGGACUAGUAAACUGGAUUGACUAGAUUAAGAAGAAAGAGACCUCUUCAAUUGACUACAUCUUCACCAGUUUAGCUAUCUCCAGAAUUUGUUUGAUUUGUGCAAUGGUGCUGAAUGCCCUCAUAAUAGUAUUCUACCCAGAGGUUCAUGAAAAUGAUAAAAUAAAGAUAGUCAACAUCUUCUGGACACUCACCAACUACUUAAGUAUGUGGUUUGCCACCUGCCUCAAUGUCUUCUAUUUCCUCAAGGUAGCUAACUUCUCCCACCCACUUUUUCUCCGGCUGAAGUGGAGAAUUGACAGGGUGGUUCACUGGAUCCUGCUGGGGUGCUUGGCCAUUUCCUUGUUGAUCAGCCUUAUAUUUGCAAUGACCCCAAAAUAUGAGUUGCUGAAAAUUGCAAAACAUAAAAGAAACUUCACUGAAUCAUUUCAUGUGAGUAAAAUUCAAUACUUCAGCCCAGUGACAAUCUUUAGCCUGUUGGCAACUGUCCUAUUUACUGUGUCAUUGAUUUCAUUUUUCCUUUUAAUUAUGUCCCUAUGGAAACAUAUUAAACAAAUGAAACUCAAUGUUACAGGCUGCAGAGACCCCAGCACAGAGGCCCAUGUGAGAGCCAUGAAAACUGUGACUUUAUUUCUCUUUAUUCUUUUUGUAUACUAUCUGGCCUCUCUUUUAAUGACGUUUAGCUACCUGAUGAAAGAAAGAAAGUUAGCUGUGAUGUUUGGAGAGGUUAUAGCAAUUUUCUAUCCCUCAGGUCACUCACUUAUUUUAAUUAUUGGAAAUAACAAGCUGAGGCAGGCAUUUGUCAGAAUGCUGAGAUGUGGAAAAACAGCCUGCAUGAUGUAA